AUGGCAGCUGCAGUAGUUGUAUCUUUAGGUGUUUCAAUAGUUUCGCUUGCCGUAGCUCUUGGCAACAAUAUUGUUAAACAAAAUCAAGAUAAACAAAAUCAAGAACAUGUUUUAAUUCGUAUUAAAAAUUCAUGUCAUUGGAAUUUUCAUAUUCGCAUUCAAUCAGGAGGCAUAAAUGAUAACAUAUUUAAUCUUAGGAUCGGCGGAAUAGAUCUUAAUGAUGAAUUUUUUAGAAACUUAUAA